GUCAAAAAGGUUGUAAAGUUGAAGCGCGUGGUUGCAGCAAAAUUUUUCCGAUUUUCUGCACCCAGCACCCCAGCACUGCGAAAACUGGAGCGCCCGAAGUGAACGGAACUCGGCACGGAGUUUCCUUUCAGCACGGUUUCGUUCUCUAGGUUUUUCCGCUUAUUUUCCGUUUUAUCUCCCCGUCGGCGAAAACCGUACCACGUCGGCGGUCGUAUCCGAGCUCGCGGUGUGAACGUGUACCCGUGUGUGUGAGUGUGUGUGGUUUCUUGGCCAAACGCAAACGUACGUGUUGUCCUCCCCGUAUCCGAGCCACCGUGUUUUUGUGGGUGGGGAGUUUCCGUUUUUCUUUUCCGUUCCGGAUUCGGUUUGUUGCCGUUCAGGCUUGGAGACCACUCCUGCAGCCCGCCCGGCCCUGUUCUGCAGCGCCCAACUCAUUGGUCAGUUACGUUGCACACGCACCACCGUUACGUGUGCGUGUGUGUGUAGUCAGUGCGUACGUACGUGCGUGUGUGCGUAGAGUGAAAUUCCGGUGCAAGGCAGGCAGCGCAACGCAAAGUGCACUUUAAUCAGAAGGGGGUUUUAAAAGAAAACCAGAUCCGUCGCGGUAUCCCACAAAAGAAAACUCUGGUGUGGUUUGGUUGCGCGGAGCAGCGAAACGAGACGUCGCCGACACAGUAGCCAGCAAAGAAAGCAAAAGAAGUGAGAAGUGAGAUUCGUCCGCGCCACAGUGAGCGAGUGAGCUUGAAAAAUGGCACAGGAAAACGAUAGCAACGAGAUGAACACCAAGUUCAGCAAGCUCAACGUGAAUGCGGUAGAGUUUGUGCCGAGCUUUUGUACACCUUCGUCGACGGCGGUGCAGACGGCGGCAGCGGCAGCGGCACCGGCGGGAACACCUGCAACGGGAUCGCCAACGGCACCGGUGGCGGCAGCACCACUUCCGGUCGCCCCGGCAUCGGCCACGUCGAGUGGUGGCAGUAGCAGUGGGGGCGGUGGUGGAGGUGGUGGCGGAGGUGCCACUACGCCGACGUCCACAGCUGCCACACCGACACCGCCAUCCUCGUCGGCACCGACACCCAUGGAACGAGACGAAGAUCCGGUGAAAACGCCUGAAAACAAUGAAAGUGAACCGCUCGACAGUUGGGACGCCGAAGAGGAUUCGAUUUUGACGCCGGAAGAUGAGGAAAUGGAAUUGGAUGACGGUGAAGUGGACGGUGAGACGGCCCCGAAAGUAUCGAAAAAGAAGCCUCCCAAGGUAGAGGAAAGUCGAAGCAAAAAGGAACACGUGAAUGUGGUUUUCAUUGGCCAUGUCGAUGCCGGAAAAUCGACGAUCGGCGGACAGAUCAUGUCACUGACCGGAAUGGUAGACAAACGGACACUCGAAAAGUACGAACGCGAGGCGCGUGAAAAGUCGCGAGAAAGUUGGUACUUAUCGUGGGCGCUCGACACGAAUCAGGAAGAACGUGACAAGGGAAAAACGGUGGAAGUUGGUCGUGCCUAUUUUGAGACUGAGAAGAAACAUUUCACCAUCCUCGACGCACCCGGGCACAAGAGCUUCGUGCCAAACAUGAUCGGUGGUGCUGCCCAGGCGGAUCUGGCGGUGCUGGUAAUUUCCGCGCGAAAGGGUGAAUUCGAAACCGGGUUCGACCGGGGCGGGCAGACGCGAGAGCACGCUAUGUUGGCAAAGACGGCCGGUGUUAAGCAUUUGGUCGUGCUGGUUAACAAGAUGGACGACCCGACGGUUAACUGGGACCUUGAGCGUUACAACGAAUGCAAAGACAAAAUAUUACCAUACCUCAAGAAAUUAGGGUUUAAUCCGGUGAAGGAUCUUACGUUCAUGCCAGUGUCCGGAAUUACCGGGCAAGGUUUGCGGGAACCAAUCGACGACUCCACGUGCCCCUGGUACCAGGGUCCGGCCUUUAUUCCGUUCAUCGACGAGCUGCCGUCACUCAAUCGCAAAACGGACGGACCAUUCAUCAUGCCGAUCGUCGACAAAUAUAAGGACAUGGGUACGGUGCUGAUGGGCAAGGUAGAAUCUGGUGUGGCAAAGAAAGGCACGAAUCUGCUAGUGAUGCCUAAUAGAACACAAGUGUGCGUUGAUCAGCUGUGGUCCGACGAUGAAGAGGUAACCUCAGUGGGGCCUGGUGAAAAUGUGAAAAUCAAAGUAAAGGGCAUAGAGGAGGAGGACGUUUCACCUGGAUUCGUCCUUUGUGACGCUUCCAAUCCGAUCAAGACGGGCAAGAUUUUCGACGCACAGGUUGUCAUCCUAGAACACAAGUCAAUCAUUUGUGCGGGAUAUUCGGCCGUAAUGCAUAUACACUGUGCCGCUGAGGAGAUUACUGUUAAGGCUCUUAUUUGUUUAGUUGAUAAGAAGACGGGAGAAAAAUCCAAGACAAGGCCGCGCUUUGUGAAGCAGGAUCAGGUCGCCAUUAUGAGGAUUGAAUGCUCCGGAUUGAUAUGCUUAGAGCAGUUUAAACUAUUCCCCCAGAUGGGUCGCUUCACGCUUCGAGAUGAAAAUAAAACUAUCGCUAUCGGCAAGGUUUUGAAGGUUGUGGAGUAAUGUGACCAAGCUCCUGUCCAACCAAUACAUGAAACACGCACGUUUCAUUGGCAGCGAAUAAACAGUGUCCUUUAAUCAUCCAGCAUACUGACCAUUUAAAAGCUCACACUCUACCAAACACACAAACAACUCACCAACACUUACAGUCAUCAGCAAAUGCACUGCGGAUGCACACACAAGCACGGCCCUUCUUCUCGUCCAUCUAUGCCACACUUCCCGUCGUUGCGAUACGCACCGUUAAAGAUAUUGAAGCAAAAACCGAUUAUUCCAGCCAUGCUUUACCGAUACCGUUUCGCGGACAUCCGGUCCAAGUUUUAUUGUUAAUCUGUCGCUUUCCUCUCUCUUCUUGGCUGUAUGUGUGCUCAGCUCCUUCUUCUCGAUAGUAUAACAUUCGUAAACCUCAACCCUUUGCACACUGUCUUGCGGGUCGGAGCAAACGGAAUCGAAUCCGACCAUAGAGACGAGUGGCCCAGGGGGUAUGGGGUGUCUGUGGUGGAAUUGAAUUAAGCCAGACUGUACCGUUUCUCUACCGCUAGAGAGAAAGAGAGAGAGGGAACAUAAUGAGCUGCUAUUAGAACCCGUAUUAUAGCUAUAUUUGCAGCGCAGCAACUAAAUUAAAACCAAAACGAACCAAAAGGCAAACGCGAUACACUCAUAGCACAGCAAAAAGGUAAAAACAAGCCAGCGAAUUAGUAUCUGUCCAGCAAAGGUUACAAGAUGACGCGAAACCCUUAUGAGCAUCCAUCGUACGCAUGGUGCCCGACUGUGUACAGGCAUUUUUUACACCCAUCUCCCCACUCCAUCAGCUUCCUUCCGGAUAGGGCGCACAGCAGUCCCUCCUGGCUCUGAGCAACAGAUUGAUGGUAACAGGGUAGGGCGUCGCGUGAGAUAGCGAAACACAAAAGGAUAUUACUAAAAGUGUCCUGCAAGUUAAAAGAAAACAAAACUGAAACUAACCAAAACACGGCACGCGCAUCAAACGGAAACAAAACUCAGUAGAAAGCAACUAAUGGAACACCACAAUGCAAACGAAAACGAACAGAAACAGAGAAGCAAACAUAUAUAGGUAAACAUAAGCAAAAAUGGAGAGGUCAAAUCUGAAGCAAAACGCAGAUCGCUCCAAACGCGACGUCGACUGAAUUGUGUAUGUGCACUGGAUGAGCUCGAACGGGAGCACAUUCGAAACCGGGUUUGGGUAGGAAAACCAGGCAGCAGCUAAAAUACGACGCAUCAGGAACAAUAAUAUUAAACAUGAUAAUAUGUAACACUGUUUUGGAGUGUAUUCGUGUGUGAGCAUGUGGACAUUUUGGAUAAAUAUGUCCAACCACACAUCCACCAGCCGGAGCGAGCAGAAAAGCUACUCGAGCAAGAAUCCGCAAUCGGUAUGGAGAGCAGGGCAGUGUAUCGUGCGUGCGCUUGGAAGAAGGCAGCAAGAAACAGAAACGCAACGCAGUAGCUAAACCAGACAAGUGUGUAGAGUGAUAAGUGGAAAAAGGGACAUUAUAGGUCGGUGUGGAAGAGAGAAGCCCAUCUCCCUUUACCUACCGCGUAAGCAAAGAACUUUUAAAGUCGCCGCCUGUUAAUGAAGUCUUUGAUUUUUUUUCCUUUCUUUUAAAUUUCUCCAUUGUGUUAUUGAAUCGACACGCGAAGCAAAGCAACGCAUGCAAAUCAGAGCAUCAGAGAUAUAAGCAAAGCAACAGCAAACGUUGGGUUACAAUUAUAAGAUGGCUAGUGGACGGUAGAGCUAUAUAGCCAAAAAAACGAACGGAAGUACAGAAAACAAACGCACUAACCACAGGUCGGAACGGACAUAUCCGAAUCCACUACUGUUUACAUUGAAUUAUUACAAGCUGAUGGAUAAUUUUUGAUACUAAAGCAAAGCAUGAUUUCUGAA